UCGAACGACAUUUAGCCGGCCAAUUAGUGAUAGAGACGGUCGUUUAACAGCCGUAGAGAAAAGCAAAAUGGUUAAUAUAGAAGAUUUGUUAAAAACACAAGGACGUAUCCACGUCUUUGGUUAUGGUUCCCUUACAUGGAAACCAGACUUUGAAUACGACAAUUUAUUUCUUGGAUAUAUAAAAGGCUAUGAAAGAAGAUUUUGGCAGGGUAGCACUCAUCAUCGCGGAACAGUUGAAAAACCUGGACGCGUUUUAACUCUAACGAAGGUAGAUGAGGGCCGUUGUUGGGGAAUUGUUUUUGAAAUAAUCGGUAGGGAUAAAAUCCGAAAGGCGAUCGAUUAUUUACAACUUCGAGAACAGAGUCUUGGAUGCUAUGAUAUCAGCAUAAUGCCGGUAUAUCCACAGAAAAAUGGCGAUAAAAAAGAACCCGUCUACUCAAUUGUUUACUAUGCUACGCCGAAAAACGUACUUUACCUUGGCCAAAACUCACUGGAUGUGCUAGCUGAUGAUAUAGCCACAUCAUGUGGCGUCGUUGGACAUAACAUCGAAUAUUUAUUUCGCCUUUCUGAUUUUAUGAGGGAAUGUCUCCCCGAUGAGAAAGAUGAUCAUCUUUUUACUCUUGACAAGUUGGUCCGCGCAAGGAUCGGACUUUGUACAAGCAAUACGUUACCUUGGAAGACAUUAAUGGAAUGCAAGAACUUCCGAGAACUGAUUCUGAACAACAAAACUAAGGAAUUCGAACUCGAAGUAAACGAAGGACAGACUUCCUCAACUGCACUGACUGCUUUAGUGUAGUUUGCACACGUAUUAUAAUUUUCUUUACUUGGGGACAUCUAUACAGCAAAUCCGAAUACCCACGAAAGGAAAAACUCUUUUAUAUUUAAAUAGUUAUCGUUGUAGAUGGAAUGUAUAGUUUUGUAUGUGAAUUAUUUAUUAACUUAUUUUUUGCAAGCGGAAGAGAUUCCCAUGACAUUAAUUAUGCUAUUGUUUAACAUUUUUUGUUCGUUAUA